GUCACGAGGAGAUAUUUAUCCGCGUAGACAGUAUGCAUUGAGAUUCUGUCAUAGCAAGUUCUCUUAUUCCGAGUCAAAUGUGCGAGUUGACAUAGGAUUUAGGAGACUUCCGUUCGGAUUCGCUGCAACCUCGGACGACCGAGGCGCGUUACAGGCCCAUUUGGGUCACCAUUGUCAGACGCAGAGAAGAAUUAGAAUUUUGCAAAAAUGAUCACCGCAAUAUUAUUCUGCAUAGUCGCAGCACUAUUUGUACACUUCAUUGUUCUACAUUAUGGAAAGUAUGGCAGGAUUAUGAACCUGAUACCGGGUCCUCGAGUAAUGCCAUUACUCGGGAACCUGUACGAUCUCCAUGUUCCGUCGUCGGAAAUUUGGAAAUUUAUGCGACAGUUGGGUAAUCGAUACUAUCCGAUUUAUAGACUUUGGUCUUUCACCGUGCCAUUAGUUUAUAUUCGCCAUCCUGACGAUGUUGAGACGAUACUUGGAAAUCCCAAAUCCAUCCAGAAAAGUGAAAUGUACGAUCUUCUCAUGCCCUGGUUCGGGACUGGACUUCUCACCAGCGGAGGUAGCAAGUGGAAGGUACGCAGGAAGAUAUUGACACCAGCCUUUCACUUCAACGUCUUGCAACAAUUCAUUGACAUUAUUAUCGAGGAAUCAGAACGUAUGACGAACUUAUUGAAGAACGAAGGAGGUGCAGUCGUGAAAAAUCUGAUGCCCUUCUACAGCGAGCACACACUGAACGUGAUAUGCGAAACUGCUAUGGGAACUUCUUUGAAAGAUAAAGGGCGUUUCCAACACAAGUAUCGAAAAGCGGUAUACGAUAUGGGAAAAGUUAUAGUGUACAGAUUGAUAAGACCGUGGGUUCAUUCUCACAACAUUUUCAAAUUCUUCCCCCAAGGAUGGCAUCAAUCUAGAUUACUCAAAAUAUUACACGGUUUUACCGACGAGAUCAUCGCGGAAAGGAAAGAUUAUCAUGAGAAGACAAGUGGCAAAUAUUUGACUGGAUUUAACGAUGAUCCAAGUCUGAAGGAUAAUUCCGACGAUGUAGGAAUUCGUAAAAGGAGGCUUGCUAUGCUCGAUCUCCUAAUAGCAGCUCAUCGUAAUAAUCAGAUAGACGACAAAGGUAUAAGGGAAGAAGUUGACACUUUCAUGUUCGAGGGGCACGAUACCACGGCGGUGAGCCUUUGCUUCACUACUAUGCUUCUGGCUGAACACAAAGAAAUACAGGCUAAAGCCAGAGAAGAAGUGAAGGCGGCUUUGGAGCAAGCUGGAGGCAAAAUAACCAUGGCCACUCUGCAAAAUGUACCAUAUCUCGAGAGAUGCAUCAAGGAAUCUCUUCGACUUUACCCAAGCGUACCAUUUAUAUCGCGUACCCCGGAAAUGGACGUUCGAUUAAGUAACAAACUCGUACCGACCGAAACGGUGGUCAACGUGCUCAUCGUAGACGUCCACAGAGAUCCAAACUAUUGGCCAAAUCCGGAAGUUUACGAUCCGGAUAGAUUCUUGCCUGAAAAUAUGAAAGGACGUCAUCCUUACGCCUAUGUACCUUUCAGUGCUGGUCCACGAAAUUGCAUAGGACAACGAUUCGCCAUGUUGGAGUUGAAAACAACAUUGUUAUUCUUAUUAAACGAUUUCUAUUUCGAGCCUGUUGACUAUUUGAGGGACAUGGAUAUCGAUGUAGAUUUGGUCAUUCGUCCUACGCGUCCGAUUCGAACCAGGUUUGUUCCCAUCGAGUCUAAAUGAUGAGGAUCGAAUAUCGAUGGCGGUGCGUGGAUUUCGAGGACAACACGAUGUUGCAAACACGAUGGUUACGAGUAGAGCACAUUAGGCUUUGGAGUGCAAAGAAAAUCCAGGGUGUUUUUUCGAAAUUGCUGAAGGUUAAGGAGUUUACUAUUCUUACAUAUUUGGUGUUUUCAAAUUAGCUUUUCUUCUUGAAGUUUCAAAGUUCAAGAAACAAUGUCGUAAUUUGUGUAAUUUUUUCAUUGGGUUUGAAACUAUGGAUGUCAGAAAUUAUAUUUGAUUAUUUCAAAAGUCUAAAAUUGUUUUAUAUUUACUCAAUUAUCGGCACAUUGGCGCGUAGUUAAUUUAAAAAACAACGGCACAAAGUCGGUGCAAUCGAAGUUUGUACGCAUAAUUAUAAUUUAUAUGAUUUUAGUUCCUUACAUUGUUCUACGUCAAGAGAUAUAUUUUAUGUACUGUGGCGAAUAUAUUUUGUAAUAAAUUUUUAAAAAUAAGGUUUCUGUUGUACAAAAAUAUACUCUAUAUUCAAUACGUAUAAUAUGUGAUAAUUGUAUGCAUAGUGUAAUGAUUAAUAUUCUGUAAUUCUACAAUUGAUUUUUUAGUCUUAUUUUUACCUGUAGAACACAUUGACAAAAUAUGAAUGGAAAUAUACGGAAUACAUAGAUUCCAAUUAUCUGAAUCAUCUUGUCCCCGCCUGGUUCAGAUAAAUCGAGUUCCACUCUUUAAGUUGUCUACGCUGUAGAACAAGAUUAUGGAAUAGGAAGCGUUCCCUCAGGUUCGUUUCACGCUAAAAUGAAGCAAACACAACGUUUAGUUGACGAUCACUUUUAAUAGUUGAAAUAGGAAAACAAUGUACAGAUACAGAAUUUACAUUCCUAGCCGACAAAAGUUGCUAGAUAAAAUGUUAAUCGUAAAAAAUGAAUUAAAAUAAAACGAUACACUUAACGAGCGGCUUAUUCCUUUUAUCUAUUCGCUUAUCGGUUAGUCCUUUACCUAAUUACGAUGAUUGAAUUAUUAAUUAUAAUUAUGCCUUUUGUAUAGACACACAGGUGUGAAUACGUAAUGGAGAUUCUUAAAAGCUACACAAUGUUUUUUUCUCUUUACUUUGGUUUUAAAGUAAGGACUAGUAUGUUGAGCUUCGCUCUGUCUCUAUGUGUAAAAACAAAAAUAGCAAAAUGUCGAUCAAACGAAUCCUGGCAGUUCCUUUUUUUUUAUUUUUAUUUCUUCCCCCACCCACAGAAAAUCAACAAUGGUACGUAAAUUCGUGCAGGGGCAACGUCGUGUUUACGUCGACGACUGAAAAAUCCAAAUAUCAUCGAAUACAUCGGGUAAGCGUCGUUCCACGUUCUACACGUCGCGACAUUAUUCGGAAAAUACGAUCACAUCCGCUAUGAGCACAGUUUAAGUAGGAGUUAAAUUACGCAUAUUAACAUCGAAUACAUCGUGAUACGACGUACGUACACAAUAAAGUAUUCCUUCUCUUCCCUUAAUCGGUUUAUGGUCGCAACGAGCGCGUUUGCGCGCGACGGUAACGUUUAAACAAAAAACAUCGGUAAUGCGAUAUUACGCUGGUAAUUCUCUAUCGUCUAAAAUGCUUUUUCGAUAAAAAUUGUGCUUAUUCCCAGACUUUCACUAUUCGAGAACUACUUUUCGCGGGGAAUAGUCGCGGUUCGAGACACCGGAUGCGACCAUAAACCUUAACCGUUCUAAUUAACGUUACUGCGAUGAAGGCACGAGGCGUGUGUGUUGAAUCUUGUGCAGAGGGUGCAGUGAGACGAGCACAAGAAGGAGUGUGUGUGUGUGUGUGUGUGUUGGGUGGGUAUUGUUUGCCCGAGCAUCGCCGCGUUCGCGGUUCGCGAUAGAAACGCUUCUCUGACGGAUUUCUACAGCGAAUGAACGUCAGAACGUUAUCGAUGAUUUACACAGACGACAAGCGAAGCUCACAGAGUAAUGUAUACCAUUUAGAAUUGGAAAUGUAAUUUAGAAUUAGAAUGUAAAAAUACUAUGUAUAUAUACAAGUAAUUAAUGUACCAAUUUUCUGGUGUCUUAGUUUAUAUUACACGGUUUUCUCAUUCUCCCCGUCUCCCGUUUUGUUUUGCUUUCCUUUCGUCGUGGGAGUGUCUCUUUACUUCAUCAGUAUUAUCGGUUGUACUUAAGAACAGCGAUGAUUGCUCCAAAGAAUUACGUUUGUAAAUUCUGAUCGCAAAAAUUUAGCCGUGACGGCGGCCCGCGUAACAAGUAUGUUAUAUCGUCCCGCUAUGCAUCAUAUAUUUAUACAUUGAGAAUGUCGAUUUCUUGUUGGCACACAAACGGAAGCAACAUAUAUAUUCGAUGAUACGCUUAAUGAUUUUGCGACACAUCGUUCACUCGUAUCGCUCGAUAUACGUGAUAAAUUGUUGUUUCUCUGCUCGACGGGUAAGAAAUCUGCUUCGAGGUUCUAGAAACAAGCCCUUUUUCUUUGUUCGUUAAAAUUUUCUUUGCCUUAACAUCGUUUCUCGAUGAACCUGAUUCCAAAUAAACGUUGACAUUUGACUUUUUAAAAAGGAAUUUCAUCAGGGGCGUUUCAGGAAGCGAAAUUUCUCGCCGUCGUUUCACAGUAAAACGCAAGAAUCGAUUUAUCGCGAUCAAAGUAUAGCGUACUUGAAAUUGAAGGUUCGUGUUCCGUUCGAUCGAACGGGCAAAUCGAAUCGAAUGUAAAAUCGAGUCGUUCGAAUAUCAUAAAAAACGAUUAAACUGCUCAAGUGUUAUCCAGUCUUCGCCUCUUGUGGAAAUGGUAAUUUGGAACGGAUAAGUUCGUUACGGUAAAAUUCGUCACUUCACUUUCGGCGAUUUCGAAAAACCUCGCGAGUAUUGGCCGCGACAAUUUCCCGCGUCAUUUUGUCGCACGAUGUAUCAUCGGGUCGAAGGACGCGUUGUGUACUAACGUCGGCGAGAAUCAGUUUUAUUUUCGUUCGUUUUUCUCUUUUAAAAAUAGGAAAGAAUACGAAAAAACGAAUACGAAGAAAAAAACAUCAAAAGUGAUACGAAUAUAUUUACGAACUAUUUACGAAAGCUCUCGAUCGUUUUUCCUCUUAAUUUGAUAUAAUUCGUUAUGCAUUUCAUUUUUCGUGUCUAUCUAAGUGUAUAUGUACAUUAUAUACAUGUAAAACGUUUAAUUUAUCCUUCGUACCUUAAUGAUUGUAUAAUUAGGAUUGACUAUGUCUUAGAAUAAUCAACGGAAUUAUUAAUUAUUGUGUAAAAUAUGAAAUAUCGUACUGUUAGAUGGUAUGUCCAUCUCCAAGGUACCAUUUUGGACGAAUAUCGGUCCGUCUAACAUGCCUAGCACUUUGAUGAGCAAAUACUUUGGAGAUUACAUAAUCUAAUAAUAUCAGGUAAUAUUAAGUAUAGAUGAUUUUUGUUAUUAAUUACAAAUAUAAAACAUGUAUAUGUAAAUAGAAUUCUUAAUUAUGCGCAAACAUGUUCUCUAAUUGAGCAUACGUGAAUUUUUUUUUUUUUUUUUAUCAUCAGUCUAAGCCGAACGGUGCGGCUCCAUACACAACAGCAGCGGUUAACAAUACACGUGUUUUUUUUUUUUAUUAUUUUUUAAGCUUUGUAGAAUCUACCGUAACAAAUCAGUGUCCUCCCCGGUAAUGAAAUAACAAUAGCGCAUGCUACGAAAACGUUAUUCGUAAAACUUUCAAACGGUUCUCAAGCAUAAAACACACAUGACAACGGCGCGGAAAGUAUACAUUUCGAUUCCGUUGAACGACACCCCUCUUCUCCGGCAACAUUUUCCUCUCGCGCAAUUUACAUAUUUUUUGUUUCAUUUAUUUUAUUUCACCACCAUCCCGUCACAUGUGCCUCGGGAUAUAACAAGCCGGGUGUCUCGGAUCGGUUCUCGCGUGAAUCGAUGAACGGUCGCCGAUCGCCGGAGAACGAACAAGUGAAAAUAGCGUAGGAUGCGAUCGAUCGUCGACACAUCGUUCUUCACUACGACGUUGAACGAGACCCCGUUGGAUAAGUACGAUUGCUCGAAACAUACACGCCUGCGCACCGAUUACUCGUAUUUAUUUAUAAUCGUGAUCGACGCGAGAGCGCUAUCGCUGCUCGCGUGUCUGCGUAUGGGAUAUGCGAAACGGCGCGUGUUUCGUGUAUCUUCGGAGCAAUCCCACUUACGUCUACCUUAACUUUUAUAUCCGUACGAUACGCGAGCCAAAUUAGAAGCGGCGACGUGCGUAGAUUUCUCAACGUAAUUUUCACGAUGAUCAUACACAGAGAACAUCGGACGUGAAUUAGUCAAUACUUUUUCCUCUAUUUAUCGUUUGCGUGAAAUUCAUGUGGAAGAUAAUUCAGAUUGGGCGCGUAUCGAUCGUGAUCUUUCAUAUGGAAAUUGAACGAAACUUACACUUGUCGACUGAUGCCACGAGUAUAUCGUCGUCACUCGUCAUCGUGUGUCCGCGAGACUCACCAUCGCAAUAGGCCAAACUGUGCGCGAUCUUUUUCGUAUCGUUUUUCUUUUCUUCAAAAAUAUAUGUCGACUACUUAGGCUUUCGAUAAACGGAAAGACGUCGUCUCGUCCGAUAACUGGAAUAAUUAUUUACUUACUUUUUUUUUUUUUCAUCAUUUUCAUCCUCGGGAUAUAAUUUGUGGCCUAGCGUAAUAAUCCUAUACAAUAUUUCAUUAUAGCUUAGGUAAAGUGAGACCCUCAUAUGAUCCAUUUUUUAAUUACUUUUUUUUUUUUUUCUGGAGUGUGUGUAACGCUGUGACAUAUCGCGCUAUUUACAAGGAUAAUCAAUAUUAAUGGAAAUAAAUGCAAAAAUAUAUAUGUAUAAACAUUUAGUUGAACUACGUCUUUUCUGUUCUUAUCGUUUUUGCACAAAGACCUUUGUGCAAAUGCAACUUCUAACUUGGCUGUGCCAGGGAAAUACUUUUACUCUUAACUAAACUCAUACUCGUAUAAUUAAACUUAUGUACUAUUGUCUUUUUUUUUUUUUUUUUGAAGAUAUCACUACUCCAAGACACUCACUUUUACUUCUUUUCCUAUCUUUCGUUUGUGUAUGUUUUGUUUUCUUUUUGUUACUUCCGUAUAUAGACUUCACUGAUUAUGUUGAUCGUAUUUUCUUUCGGUUAUUAUUUUUUUUUUUUUUUCGUGAUUUUCAAUAUCGUAUCGUUUCGUUGCGAUAUCACACGUUUUUUUUUUUUUGGGUAGGAUAUACAAGUGGCUCGAAGCUAUCGCUGUCUUAGGAAAAUACGCAUAGCGAAAUUUUACAAAAAAGUCAACGGCUUUCACGUGAUGAUAAUUAUCUUACAUCAAUUAACUAUAAAACGUUCGUGUUCGCGGUACAGGAAUAAAAAAUCAGGCAGUGAAAGUAGUCGAACCUCCGUCGCUCAGAAGAAAUGGUGUCUAGCAGUCCAUUUGCGUAAACGCUCGAAGGGUUAACAAAAAAAAAAAAGGCUACUUAUUAGAUAUGUUACAAAUAUUAACCAUCGACGGACGAUAUUUGUAAAUAUUUGGCAAUUUUAUUAUUUCGUAAAUUUAAUUAUAAAAUAUCACCGACUGUACCGCGUCUCUUAAUAAAACAUUAAAAAACGAUUUACUCGCUACGAGUGUGCCGAUUUUGUUAACCGAACUGACGAAACUGUACACAAACACGACGAAAUGGAAACAAAAUCAGCACGAGUUGGACGUCACGUGAAAACAGUUCACCCUAUAAAUAUUCUCCUAACUCUAGUCACGGUUUAAUCGUUCGUAUUUGUGCUGUAUUAUCAAUCUCGAUAACAAAACCUCCUAAUCACUUGGCGGAAUAUCUAAAAAAAAAAUAACAUCGUCGGCGAACAAAAACGUAAGCUCGCUUCAUCGAACAUCCGGAAUAAAACUGUAAACGCGUAUAACGUUUGGAAUCGCUCUAAAUGCGAUCGAUUAAAGUAUCCGGUAGUAUUGACUUCUGGACUCGGCAGUGAAGAACUGUUCCACGUAAAAAGCAAAAGAAAAGAAUGGUGACGAACAGUAGAAAGGAAAGGAGUAUUUGCAAAUUUGUUCGAAUCGAGUUCGUAGAAAGAGCGGUGAAAUUCUUAUCCCGUGUCGUUUUUAACGCGUGAACAAAAUUCGAUCCGCCAAAGUGGGGUUUCCAAGCACGAGAUGGCCGAAGCAGCGUCGCUAGCACGUCUCGUGAAUUCACUCGGGAUAGUUUUACCUAAAUGUCGCCUAGCAUUUUUAGUACCUAUCUGCUCAUCGAGUAUCGUUUCAAUCCGCCAAGCGUCACGACAGACUGUUCUCUUCGCGGAACAAGCUACCUCGUGACGCUUUUCCGUUUUAACAAGUAAGAUCCGUUCAAUCUAACAGAGAACGCGUCGCGGGUAAUGAGCAAGAGGGAAAGGGGAUGAAGGAAAUCCAGUCGGAUCACUACCGAUUAUGAACGUCGUCAACUGUUUCCCUGUGUAAAACGAUUGUCUCGCUUCCUUCGAAUUUCAAACAAGAAGUCGGCCAAAUGUCCGGGUAGACCUCUCUUUCAAACGAUUGCAAACGAAACCAUGGACGGUCGUACGUAUAUACGAAAACGAAUAAAUACAUGCGAGCGCGACUUCACGAUGAUAUCGAGAGCAGCGUCGUCGGCUACGCGAGUCAUCGACAAGACAUCCGUUGCGGGCUUCGAUGUUAUCGCCGAUCGCUGUAUCGAUAUUACUUUCAAAAGAGCAGCUUACCGUGAGCAAUAAUAACCUCGUAUAAAAACUGAAAUCUAGAAAGUAUCGAAUAUUAUCACGGAUCGUCGAUCAUCCUUGUCUCUUCUAAUUUGCGUCGGUUUUUCUGACCAAUGUUGGAUCGCACGUGUUUGUCGGUUGUCGGUACAAACUACGAGUAACUUAUUCCAAGGUAAGAGUAGUAAGGCAUAAACGUGAUCGUAAAAUCCAUACUAUACCUCUGUGCUCUCGGGGAAACGAAACAUCCACGGACGUUAUCCACGUCCACGCCGUUCCUCGGCUAUUUUUUUUCCGUUCGCGUAGACACAUUUGUCGAACUCUGUUUCUCAGUUUCACUAUGAAGUCGUCACAACGAGUAAAAACCAUUGUUACGAGAGCGCAACGAAAAAAAGUAUCAUUGAGCAAGCGGCGAGCGAUUGCGAACGUAUGUACAUCCUUGAUCGAUCGUUCUUCCGUUCGACGCGUGAUAUGCGAAACGUAAACCACGUGUAAAUGCGCGAAAAUGAACGCGGGAAACAAA